GGUUCAACACUAGUGGCUUUCCUUCACUGGGUCCGGCUGCGGCUACCCUGAUGAGCAGCGGAGGGCACCAUGUGCGUUCCUUUAAGAGGACUCCUUGGCCGUUGUACCAGCGGGACACGGGAGAUCCGGGCGGCCCCGGGUGAGUGUGCGCGGGGCGGCGGCCACGGCGGGGGGCGGAGGAUGGCUCUGGGCCCACAUUUUUCCCCCUGCCGCCGGGACAGCGCGGCGGGCAUGGCAGAGAUGCGGCCGGGGCCAGUGGUUGGAAAACAGCUCAACGAGCAGCCGGACCACUCGCCCCUGGUCCAGCCCGGCCUGGCCGAACUGAGGCGCCGGGCGCAGGAGGAGGGCGUCCCGGAGACCCCGCAGCCGCUCACAGACGCUUUCUUGUUGCGAUUCCUGCGCGCCCGGGAUUUCGACCUGGACCUGGCCUGGCGCUUAAUGAAAAACUAUUACAAAUGGCGAGCAGAAUGUCCAGAACUAAGUGCAGAUCUACACCCUAGAAGUAUCCUUGGACUUCUGAAGGCUGGCUACCAUGGAGUUCUGAGGUCCAGGGAUCCGACUGGCAGUAGAGUUCUCAUUUACCGAAUUUCCUAUUGGGACCCAAAAGUUUUUACAGCCUAUGAUGUAUUUCGUGUAAGUCUGAUCACAUCAGAGCUCAUUGUACAGGAGGCGGAAACUCAACGGAAUGGAGUCAAGGCUAUAUUUGACCUGGAAGGCUGGCAGAUUUCUCAUGCUUUUCAAAUUACCCCAUCUGUAGCCAAGAAGAUUGCUGCUGUAGUUACAGAUUCCUUUCCAUUGAAAGUUCGUGGGAUCCAUUUGAUAAAUGAGCCGGUCAUUUUCCAUGCUGUCUUUUCCAUGAUUAAACCAUUUCUGACUGAAAAGAUUAAGGGCCGGAUUCAUCUGCAUGGGAACAAUUAUAAAUCAAGCCUACUUCAGCACUUCCCAGACAUUCUUCCUCUGGAAUAUGGUGGUAACGAGUCCUCCAUGGAGGAUAUUUGUCAGGAGUGGACAAAUUUUAUAAUGAAGUCUGAAGAUUAUCUCAGCAGCAUUUCUGAGACUAUCCAAUGAAAAGUUGUUUCCUGUGAAUGACUUCAUCUAAAAUUCAAGGAUGGGAUUCUAUCUGGUUACUAAACUCAAGACCAAACCUUCUAAACGAAUUGAUCCUUAUCUGAUCUUUAAACACACAACAUGGAUAUUUGGAGGAUGUUUUAAUUUCUACAAUGCUCUGUUCCUUUUAAAUUAAUUAAAUGUUAGGAAAGAAGAUAUUUCUGUUUUCCCUUGAAAAGCAAACAGCUUCAUCUAAAGUAGUUGUUCCAGUGUAUCUUUGUAUGGUUCAGGAAAUUUUAUCUUAAACAAAACUUUAUGAUCCCAUUGUUUAAUACUAGAUUGAUGGUUAUCUACUGGAAAGAAAUACUGUAUGCAUCAACUGAUGGUGAAACAAUAUUAAUGCUCAGUUGAGAUUGGUAUCAGCUCAUAAAUCAGGUUGCAGUCUGAAUACAGAUUAAUUAGUUCAUCUCAGGUAAAUCCUACUUUAGCAUAUGCACAAUAGAAGCCUUUCAAUGUCAGUCUACAUACUAUAAUAUUGUAAUCAAUGAAAUCACUAUGGUUGAUAAAGGUGAUUCAGAACUUAAGAAAAAUUUCUGGGCACAGUAGAUGGUUUCUCAUACUGUCUUGUAUUUUCAAAUAAGUAAAGAAUAUAAUUAUGGCUUCUGUUUAUAGACAGGGAAGUAGAGGUAUAUGUCUUUUACAUAGACUUGAAAAUUUAAGAGAACUACAUAAAUGAAAGGAGAUGUUUACAUUUUAAACCAUCAGCAGCGAUACCUAGUAUUUUUCAGAAUAUUCAUAAAUAAUUUGAUUUUAUUCUGAGAUAAUUGACUAUUACCUCAGAAUAUUCUGUUUAGUUUAAACAGUCAGUAGCUGGGAUGUGCGGUCUCUACCAUAGUGCAGUUCAUUUCUAAGACUUUCAUUCAUUGAGAAAGAUGUGAUCUCAUCCCGUAUUCAGCCCAGCCUUCAAUUUGGCACAUAGGUUUAUACUUGAUGUUUCUAAUUAAUUUUAUUUUAAACUGGAAUGAAUACAAGGUAGAGAACUUAAUGAAUUUAUGUUCAAGUAGUUAGACUUCUACAUUAAUUUCAUAAGAGUAUCUUUGUACAAGGAUAUUUUUCAUUGUACAAGGGUGUUUUUCUUUAUAAGAAAAUAAGUCUAAUCAGAUAAGCUGAUACUCAUGAUUCUCUGUACAUAUACUUCUGACAAAACUGAAAGGAGGUGCAGAUAGAUGUUCUUUAGAGAACGUGUUUAAUUUUGAUUUAGCAACUAGACGUUAACUUUACUAUUUAAUUUUACUAAGAAAAAUCUUGCCUUUUUCUUAAAAAUAGUCUUCUUUACUAAAUUAUACAAUUAAAAUUAUAUAAAUAAGAAUAAUAGAAAAUAAGUUAAGGAAAUAAACAGUAAUAAAACACCUCUGGCUUAUCAAACUUUUAAUCAUGAAGGAAACCCUGAUGUCACUUUAUUUACAUAUGACUCUGUGAAGGAAUGUAAUGGUACAUUACAAUAGAAGCUAAUGUUUUAAAUGUGUACAGUAGUGAAAUAAUUAACAAUAAACUGGAGUUUAAAAUGUCAGUCAAUGUAAGUACAUUCUAUGAUGGGGCUUUGAAAAUGUUUAUUCCAUGAAGCAAUUCUACAAAGAACAUCGAUGAGCAAUGUGGGUAAACUGUUUGGAAGGUGCUGGGCAAAUAACUGGAAUUCUCUAAGUGGCUUCACCGCACUGUACCAGAAACAUAUUCUGAAAGCCAGAUCCAUCAGUGCUCACUGUGCUGCCGAACUUCACAGUAAUUUACUUUACUGUUGUUAAAAAUAAACAUCGCUCUUGUAAACUGUGGUGUUAACAUUUUUCUAAAAUGUAAAGGAGGCAUUCUUUUUACAAAAGAGAAAUGCUUUAUCUUUCAGAAAAAAAAAUGAAGCAAAAACAUCUUAUCCAUUAUCUGAAUGUUGAUUCCUUUGCUUAUAAGUUUUAGGUGCAGGUGGUUUCUCCUGUUGCUUCUCUUCCUUCGGUGUCUUUUUGCUAGAUCAAGUGCAGAUGCUGUACCACAAGCUCUAGUUCCUCUAGUCCCAGCUUUGAGAAAUCUGAUUUUGGAAUUCAUGUUCAAUUUUACUUGGAUAGUUAACAUUUCUAAGAAUUAAAAUCUAUUAAAGAAACAUAAAUUAUC